UUAUGCUACUAGUAGCCCUCUUUAGUUCCUCACUUCAUCCCUAACCUAAACUCUGAACAUCCGCCACCUGCGCCUGUUGCUCUUGUAUACUUAGCUUCUGGAAGAGGGGUUCGUGUGGGCAGUCGCGGUCGCGGACCGUACGGCACCUGCGCCAGGGUUCAUUGCCGAUUUGCGUUUCUUAUCUACUGUCGCAGAUUACACUUCCGCGCUUGUCAGUUCUAGUUAUCUCCUAACUUAUUCGUUUCAAAGGGGCUCAACAUUUCUCACUUAUUGAAACCGAACUAGUCAACUAGCUAGCCUGACUGACGAUAACGAGCUAAUAUUUCGUUCACUAAGUAUUUCAUUCGACUCAAAGCGACAACAUCAACGGCCGUUUGAGCGACAAUAUCAACGGCCUAGCCUGUUUGACGGCGGCCUGGUUAGCAACGACGUUAGCAAGCCUGUCCAACGUUUCACGCUCUUGAAGAAACGCUCCUCCAAGCGUAGCAGAGCCAGCUCGCGGCUGUAGCAGAGCGAACGCACGUGUCGGUUGUUACAACAUUGUUCGCGGCGAUGGGGAACCAAGUGAGCGUGGUGGACGCGCUGGUCAACCUCGAGUUCCCUCCAGGCGCAGUCUCCCCCGCGGACCUCCCCGCGCGCCACGACCUCCCCAUGGGCGUCCUGGCCUUCGAAGUCGCGUCGCUCAUGCGGCGAGCUCUGGACCUCUGGCGGCAGCUCGACGCGCGGAAUAUCACCGGGCUGGAGAAGAAGCUUCAGACAGAGGGCCUGAAGCGGCUGGGCGUGGGCGACUACUCGUUCCGCUGGCGCCUGGCGGGAGCAGAGUACGCCUCAGACCUGACUGCGCUCACUGCAGCGGUGGGCGUGCUGGCGCGCAGGAUGGGGGGGGCGCGGGGCGGGGAGGUGCUGAAGCGGCUGAAGGGGUACAGCCGGGCGUGGAAGCGCGAGGACAGCUUUAGCGAGGGGGAGGCGGACGAACUCAUGCGGUUCCUGAGGGACCAGUUGGAGCCAAUGGGGGCUCUGCACAAGGAGAUGCUGACGCUUGAUGACGUCAUCAACAGCACUGGGGCGGAACCCGAUGUGCCUCCCCCCAAGGGCCGUCGUGCCAAGGGCAAGCCACAGGGGGCAGUGCUGGACCAGAUUCAAGUGGUGCAUCACCUGCAGCGUGCAUCGCUCUGGACCCACCCACUCGAGCGGCCGGUGCUGAUCCUGGCAGUGGCCCUUGGGAUGCUGUGGCAGCAGUACCGGACAGUCUUUGGCCGCCCGUCCCCACCCAAGCAAGAGGAGCUGAGCGCUACCCUGGGAGCAGCAGGGCUGCCAACGCUGUAUGCGCGCGUGCUGCUGGGAAUAGAGCAGAUGCAGGAGAUGAGUCCCACGAGCCCUCCUUUUAAGGAACAAAGGCGAGAGCUUUACGGCAUCCUCCCUUCAGCUGUCCGCCGGCGCUUAGCUAAGCGUCUGAAGCAGCGGUCAAAGCGGCAGGUGGACGGAGCGAUCGCCAAGGACCUGCGGGGGGUGGUGGGGGACAUCCUGCGGUGGGCCGUGCCGGUGGCGGAGCGCACCGAGGUGUGGAACGGAGACAAAUCCUUUGGAGCACAGAGAAGGACACGGCUGCACCGUACACUGCUGGUAGAGACGCUCCAUUACUGCGACAAGGACAAGUUCGAAGCUGUGCUUGUGGAGCUGCUGGCCUCCUUCUCCCUCGUCACCCUCCACGCCAGACGCACCCCUCCACACCCCCACUCCAAAGCCCGCCCUGCCUCUGCUCCGCUCCGACGCAAGCUGCCAGGCUCGGCCGGACCUAAGAACCAGGCUGCACGUCCGACCAGCGCCCCCGCAUAUCCUGCUUCUGCUUCUGCUCCUGCUCCUGCAUUCCCCACGUCUGCUUCUGCUGCGGCUUACCCCACCUCUGCUUCGGCUGCCGCUUACCCCACCUCUGCUUCUGGUGCCUCUGCUGCUGCUUACCCCUCCUCGGCAUCUACUGCUGCUGCUGCUGACACGGACAAUAGCAGUAACAGAAACGCCAAACCGAAGUCUGCGCCUGGGGCCCCGUCCCCCUCGCACCCUCCAGCUCGCACCGCCCCAAUGGCCCGAUCCAUCUCCAUUACAGACGCACCCGAUGGCGGUAUAAGGCAUCUCCGCAACGCCCGUUCUCCCCGCUCCGCCGCUGCUUCCCGCUCUCCCCACUCGGCCGCUCCUUCCCCCGCUCCUCCCUCCGACUCUCAGCCCUUCCCUGCCUCUAGAUCAACCUCCCAGGGGCCCCCAUCCAUGGCUCGAUCCCCCUCCAAUGCCCCUCCCCCCAUGGCUAGAACAGCAUCCGAACCUGGAAAUAAUGGUCCGGCCAUGCCUGGGUCUUCUUCCCAUGCAAGGCCCGGCCCCGGACCAGCUCCCGGACCUGCAGGGCCCCGAGGCAAUCCAACUGGGCCUCGCCCAAGGCCUGGCGCUGGUCCUGGACCUCGGCCUUCCCCAGGCCAGGCGUUGCCUGGGAGGGGAGGUAUGGGACCCGGAACUGGGGUUCCUCCAGGUUCGGGUGCCAUGCGGGCAGGUCCGGCGGGGCCUCAGGCUCGGCCUGGACCUCAGGCCCGAGGUGGAGGUAUGGCGCCGAGACCAAUGCUGGGGCCAAGGCCUGUUGGUCAGGGAGGAAGUCCGGCAGGAGGUGUGGGAGGAGGCCGGGGAGGUGGGGGAAGGGGAGGUGGAGGAAGGGGGAAUGGAGGUCCGGUCUACCGGCCAUCUCCUACAUCUCCGGCAUUGGAUGAUAUUGAUGGGAUGCCGAUCCGACGGUCAGGAGGGAAUGUUGAUGCAGGGCAACGGCAGAAGAUGCAGCAGAGGGAGUGGUUGAAGAGGGAAGUGCUGCAACAGGGAGGGUCUCAUGCGAUGGGAUGAUUUCGAGUGUUGGGGGAUGUCUUGUCGAUGGGAACGAGGAGGAAAUAUGACAUCCUCAGGAAAACUAUGGGAGGCGAAUAUCGUUUGUGCUGAUGAAUGCCCUGGUUUCAAUUAUCAAUAUGUUCCGUUUCCGUCUCCUCUAGUGAGAGGUGUACAUUAGAAGUUUUUUGGGCCAUCAUUAAUGUGGCAGGUGACAAUAGUCUUCAACAUG